AUGUUGAUCUCCAGUAAGCAGUUGCCGAUCGGCCGAUCCCAGAGCUGGGACACGCUGGGUGGGAAUGAGGGUCAUUGGGAGCGCAGUGACAGUGUUUACGAGCAGCAGGCCCGGAUGGCUGGUCGACGCAACUCGCUGAGCUACGGAGCGGAUGCAGGAGGGGGAUGGUAUGAACCAGCGCCUGGAGUGCGUCCUCCUGACCUCGAUUUGAAACGGGAGCCAGAAGCCUACCAGGAAUCUCUUUAUAACCAAGGCUAUUUGGAUCGCCCGGACCCCCGUAACAUAAGAAAGAGCUCCGUUCCUGAGUUGAACAGCCAUUAUGACCGACCACCAAUAGCUCAUCGUGGGACCAUGCCACCCCAUGACUAUUAUCAGCAAGACCCAGGCAUGCCAUCCCGGCCAACAGAGGGUUUCUAUCGUGGCGAACAGCCUCAUUCUCUGAAUAGGUCAUCUUCACAUUAUGGGAUGAUGGCAGGUCCUCGUCAGAUUUGGGAGCAGGGCUCAGGAGGUCGUCCUGGUUCUGUUGCCCCAACACCUGGUGUACCUCCUCCCCCACCUCCAACUGUUCAUGACAUGGGUCGUAUUUACCGAGACCCGAUGCUGUCUGGACCCCUACCUGCAACUCCUGGCACCAAAAUGAUGCAUGAAGGACAGCGCAUUCCAAGCAGAGCGCAAUCUCCGGCUCGUUAUAUAAUGGAGCCAAAUUCUCCCCGUUACGCCGCUGAGCCUCCUGCCUCACUCACUAGCCAUACAGUCUACAGUGAUGUUAACGGAAGGCCAAUUGAUCCUCAUCAGCCAACGGCCACAUGCCUGGUGGUUGAUCCAGUUGCUCAAGGAAUGGAUGGAACUUCCCGAGGUAUGGUCAUGCAUCCGGAAAACCCCUCACCAUACACCAUACAGCAGCAACAGCAAGCCCAACAGCAGCAACAAAUGCAACAGCAAAUACAACAGCAACAAAUGCAGCAGGUUCAGCCAGUGCAACAAAUGCAGCAGGUUCAGCCAGUGCAACAAAUGCAGCAGGUUCAGCCAGUGCAACAAAUGCAGCAAGCUCAGCCAGUGCAACAAAUGCAGCAAGCUCAGCCAGUGCAACAGAUGCAACCAGUUCAGCCAGUGCAGCAAAUGCAACCAGUACAGCAAGUUCAGCAGGUACCACAAGUUCAGCCAGUGCAGCAAGUUCCACAUGUGCAACCUGUGGCAUCCCCAAAUCCUAUCUACACACCAGUUCCCCCUGUUGCCCCUGCCCCAGUUACCACUCCAGGUGUGGCCGUUAUUCCUGCUCCAUUACCUCAGCUUCCUGCUCAGCCUCUCACUGCUGCUCCUCCUCCUUCUGUCCCUCAGACCCCAGUGGCUCCUGUAGACCCUAAAAAAAAUGCAGACCCUGAGUUUCUGGCAUUGUUGCAUAAAGAGGGCCUCUCGGAAAGCACCAUCAAUUCUCUACUGCAGCAGGGCUUUGACUCCACUGCAAUGUUGGCCGUUAUGGAGGAAAAUGAUGUGCGUUCAGUUGCCCCCAACUUGGGCCAAGCCAGGGUUCUCUCUCGUGUUGUGCUUUGCUGCAAACGACCACCUGAAAUUGUACCUGCUACCCCCCUGCAUCCCAGCGCUCCAGCCCGCGGCAGAUCCAACAGCUUCAGCCAUCGCAGUGACAUCUACGUGCACCAGCCACCACCCUUGACUCCAGGCUUGGAGUCGCAGUAUAUCCAGCCACCCUCUACCCCCAUGCAGACUAUGUCUCCGAGAAUUGGUGAUGGCUACAGUCGCAGACCCAGCAGUGCUCCCUCCCAGCAGCUUCUUGAGACCAGUGGGUAUCCUGGACCCAGGGUUUCCGGGGUAUACAGUGGUGCUAUGGUUCCUGUCCAACCUCGACCAUUGUCAGGUUACAAUCCACAUUCUGGAUUACCUGUGACUGCAAUGUCCCAACAGGUUGCCAUUCCAGCACAUUUACCAGGAAUACAACAACAAAUGGCAGCUUUGCCACCCCAAAUUCAUGCAAUGCCAUUGCCAGCUCUAUCUGCAGUUCCCCAGUCAAUGACUGUACCUGCUUUGGCACCCCAGCAAGCCCCGAAAGCAUACACCACCAACUAUACCGUACCAAUGGAGUUAAUGAAGAGGGAUCGAAGCUUGGCUACAAUGUCACCCAUGCCCAGUCCCCAUUUAAGCCCACAAGUAAUGCGCAAAGCUGGAGUGUCCUCAGAUGGAGCCCUAGUACCCAUUGGAGGUGCCGUUCCAGGCCAAAAUAUGAACCUGGCUAAUCAGAAGCUGAGCCGGCGUACUGGACCUCCGGUCAUUGUCUCCACUAUGGCAUCACCAGACACAAGUAUAAGGCCUCAGAUCAUGAAUGGCCCCAUGCACCCCCGGCCGCUGGUGGCUCUGCUGGACGGGAGAGACUGUACUGUGGAGAUGCCCAUCCUAAAGGAUUUGGCAACCGUGGCGUUUUGUGAUGCACAGUCCACGCAGGAAAUCCAUGAGAAGGUGUUGAACGAGGCGGUGGGUGCGAUGAUGUACCACACCAUCACCCUGACCAGAGAAGACCUGGAAAAGUUCAAAGCCCUCCGGAUUAUCAUCCGCAUCGGCAGUGGAUACGACAACAUCGACAUUAAAGCUGCCGGAGAGAUGGGUAUUGCGGUGUGUAAUAUUCCGUCGGCUGCGGUGGAGGAGACGGCGGACUCGACGCUCUGCCACAUCUUGAAUCUCUACCGCAGGAACACGUGGCUGUAUCAGGCCAUGCGGGAAGGCACACGGGUGCAGAGCGUGGAGCAGAUCAGAGAGGUGGCGUCAGGAGCCGCACGAAUCAGAGGAGAGACGCUCGGACUCAUCGGCUUCGGUCGAUCGGGGCAGGCAGUGGCAGUUCGAGCGAAAGCGUUUGGCUUUAAUGUGAUCUUUUACGACCCGUAUCUGCAAGACGGAUUAGAGCGAUCGCUGGGCGUGCAGAGAGUUUACACCUUACAGGACCUGCUGUACCAGAGCGACUGUGUGUCUCUGCACUGCAACCUGAACGAACACAACCAUCACCUCAUCAACGACUUCACCAUCAAACAGAUGCGACAGGGAGCGUUUCUCGUGAACACAGCUCGCGGUGGUCUGGUGGAUGAGAAAGCUCUGGCUCAGGCUCUGAAAGAGGGCAGGAUACGCGGCGCUGCCCUGGACGUUCAUGAGUCUGAACCCUUCAGUUUCACUCAGGGUCCUCUGAAGGACGCGCCCAAUCUGAUCUGCACCCCUCACACAGCCUGGUACAGUGAGCAGGCCUCACUAGAGAUGAGAGAGGCAGCAGCCACCGAGAUCCGCAGAGCCAUCACCGGUCGUAUUCCAGACAGUCUCAGAAACUGCGUCAACAAAGAGUUUUUUGUGACUACGGCGCCGUGGGGGGUGAUGGAGCAGCAGGUUCAUCCGGAGCUCAACGGCGGAGCCUACAGAGUCGCCCAGCCGCUCCCAGCCGUCUCUCCCGGCGGCCUGCAAGACAAAAUGUAUACCUAA